AUGGCGAUCUGUACUUAUAACGCACGUACGCUUGCAUCGGAAGCGGCCAUCGAAGAUCAGAUGAUGCAAGCCAAGAAGAUCAAGUACGACGUCAUCGGACUGACCGAGACGAGACGACGUCACCCUCUCAACGCCGUAUAUGAAACUGGAGAAGAACUGUUCUUAGGAACAUGCGACAGUAGAGGUGUUGGUGGAGUUGGCGUCCUCGUCAACACGAGUAUGGCAAAGAACAUCGACUCUUUCGAACAACUUACGACCCGAAUCGGACAUCUGCGGACGAGAAGAUGUGGUCCAACACCAGCUUUGACUAUCUUCGUCGCUUACGCUCCAACAUCAAGCUGCAAAGAAGAGGAAGUCGAAGCUUUCUAUAUGGACUUGGAAUUUUACCGAGAAGAUCAUGCCUUCUACAAGGUCAUAAGUGGCGAUUUAAACCCCAAAGUUGGCUCAAGAAGAACGUCGGAGGAACUUCAAAUUGGGACCCACGGCCUACAAUGGAAUGACCAGGGGGAGAGGCUCUCCGAGUUCAUCAUGACGACUAAGACCAUCCAUGGGAACUCGCAAUUCCAGAAGCCUUCCUCUCUAUGCUGGACGUGGAGUCACCCGGUGGAGUGCACCGUAAUGAAAUAG